AUGAUCGCCUCCAAGGACACGCAGCUUGCUCUGAUACAUAUCCCAUUGCACCUGUAUCGCAACUUCCUCCAAUCUAUUCUCCAGCUGCUACUACCAAACGCGACUCAGAAUGGCUUCGGCAAUGGCUCAGGUGCGGUUCAGCCUCCAAGAGGCUGGCCCUACGAGCACCCUUUUGUGAAUAUCUCAAUAACGCCAGUCGAGUGUUCGAUAGUAUGCUCACGGACGCUUGCAAUUGAGCUCUUUGUCCCGGUUCUCAACCUGCUAGAUCCGCAGUCGAAGAGCCAGAUGCACAUUACUUCCGAGGAUUUCGUCGUCAUGCAAGUCGAUGGCGAAGGGCUUGAUGCUGGCCAACGUGUUUUGGAGCUCACGAGCCCACUUGCUUUAGCUGGCAUCUCCAUCUUCUUCAUCACAACAUACUACUCCGACUACAUCCUUGUUCCACUUCGAAAUCAAGCGCAUGUUGUGCAGGCGCUUGAAGAGCGUGGCUUUCAGUUCGAGCACCAGACAUCGUCCUAUGUCAACUCGUACCAUCACAGCCGCAAGGCCUCGGCUGCCUCGCUCGAAGUUCAGCCUCCCAGCACGCCCCCGCCGACUACCAUCACCGAACUCCAAACCAGGACCUUUGCCACACUGAAGCGCCGCAACAUCGUCCCCACGGUAGACUCGAGCAUCCGCCUAGUCCAGUGUGCCGGCCGCACAGACAGCGCAAACGGCAUGAACCAAAGCCGCAACCGCAACAGCAUGACGAGCGCAGCCGACGACGCGCUUCACCUCGGCCUAGUAAAAUGCCUCAUCUCCCAACCCUAUCCCAAGUUUUUAUCCCUCACGCUAACCGACACCGAGUCCGCCUCACUCCUUCUUGACCACACGCUGCUGCCGAACUUUGCCCAAGAUACCCUGCUUGGCUCCAAGGGUGAUUAUCUCACGCCUAUUACGCUUGAUUUGCGUGAUCUUCCCAUGGAGAGCACGGGUAUUGUGUGCGGCGUGGCGGGACGGUUGGUCGGUGGUACGACUGGGCAGGUUGAGGAACCUGUUGAGAUGAGCUAUCUCAGUACGGCGCGCGCGGGGACGGUCAUGGUUGCUGAGGAAGAGCUAGAUCGCGCCAUGGAGGCUCUGCGAGGUGCCGAAAACAGUGUCGUAUCAACAAGUAAGUAG